AUGGCAUCAAUGAAGUAUUUUCUGUCAGUGGUACUUCAAAUUUCUGGAUCAGUAGAUCUUCUGAAGACAAAAAAUAAUGUAGAACUUCAUCAAGUGGUCUCACACAGUGACACAUUUGCUCGACAAUUUUACUCGGCACGUGGAGCGGAAGUCGAAGGCAAUUUUGUAUCCUCACCCAUCGGUGCAUUGAUAGCUCUUUCCAUGCUGGCUUAUGGAGCUAAUAAAAAUUUGCCGAAUCGAUUGGAAAGAGAUUUAUUAUUCUGUACGAACAAGAGUCUUCAAAAUCAUGGCAUGAGGGCUCUCGUAAAUAUUCUCCAUCUCCCUGAACGUUCGCAAAUGAGCAGUAUAAUUUUCGCGGAUGGUGGAAUGGUCAUAAAUCUGGGAUUCCAGUUAGCUAUGGUCGGUAUUUUCCAAACUGAAAUUAAAACAGUCAAUUAUAGUGAUCCACAAGAAGCCAUCAAUACUAUUAAUACCUGGUGGCAUAAAAAAGCAGAAAGCGAUGCGUAUAACAUUAUCAGUCCAGAUGAUGUGAGUAACAGGACAAUUCUGGUACUCGCCAAUGUUAUUGAGAUCAACUCUUAUUGGGCAACGACAUUUAACAAAACCGAAAACCAAUUACAUUCUGUGUAUGAUGACAAUGGAAGAGUCCAUCAUUAUCAAUCGAUGCAUACUUCACAGAUAUUAAAAUACCGACUUUUCAGGGACGUUGGAGUUGUAUUUGUCGAGAUACCUUACGAGGAGGCAGAUCUGAGCUUAGUAUUGAUCAUGUCCAAGAAUGCAUCCGAAACGACUAUUCUUGAUCACCAUUUUAAUCUCGAUGUUCUCUUCAAUAUGUCACGGAAUGGCAGUGUUGAUUUUGAUUUGCCUAAAUUCAGAAUCGAAUCGACAAUCGAUUUGACCAAUUUUUUAAGGUCAGCAGGCAUUCGUGGGGGACUUGACAGUUUUACUAGAAUAACUUCUCAUCCCUUGAAGUUUUCCAGCAUAAAGCAAAAAACGUACAUCGAGAUUGACGAAGAACGUACCAGAGCAAUGGCCGUCACGAUUAUUACAAAUGAUGAGUCGAAAAGUAAAAAACCUGAAGCUCCAGAAGCGCCCGUUCAUUUCAAAGCCGAAGUGCCGUUCUACUUUGCGAUUGUCAAACAUUUGAAUUCACAAGAUUAUGUUGUCUUAUUCAAUGGACACUACAAGAAUGUUAAUUAA